AUGGGCAAAGAAGGAUUAAGAUACGCGGCCAAGGUCUCGCUGGACAAACCGGCAUCGGAGCAGGAAUGCCUGCACAAUCGCUGGCAUCCCGAGAACCCCUCCUAUGGCUCUAUCAAACCUGGUGAAGCCGUCAAGAUCGAAUGCGUAGAUUGGACAGGCGGUCAAAUCGGCAACAAUGACUCAGCAGAUGACAUCCGUGACGUUGACCUUACCAAGAUCCACUACUUGACUGGGCCCUUUGACAUCGAAACUGCGGAGCCUGGCGACGUGCUGGUAGUUGAUAUCCAAGAUGUACAGCCGCUAGAAGACCAGCCAUGGGGUUUCACGGGUAUAUUUGCGAAAGAAAACGGUGGAGGGUUCCUGGAUGAGCUUUACCCGGAACCUGCAAAGGCUAUUUGGGAUUUCGAAGGCAUCUUCUGCAGCUCCCGCCACAUCCCUGGUGUUCGAUUCGCAGGCCUAAUUCACCCCGGCAUCCUAGGCUGUGCCCCUUCCGCCGAAGUCCUCGAAACCUGGAACACGCGCGAAGCCGAACUCAUCUCGACGCACACGCACCUGGACCGCAUCGUUGCACAACCACCACAGCCCCAAAACGCCCACUCCGGCUCCGCCACAGGUUCCGUGAAGGACAAAAUCGCGAAAGAAGGCGCUCGCACGAUCCCAGGACGUCCUGAACAUGGUGGAAACUGCGACAUCAAGAACCUCUCCCGCGGCUCCAAAGUCUUCCUCCCUGUCCACGUACCCGGUGCGAAGUUCAGCGUAGGAGACCUACAUUUCAGCCAAGUAAGCUCUUCCCAUCCACCCCCACAAACUAUCCUGAACAGAACACCCCGAACUAACAACCCUCUCCCUCUCCUCAAGGGCGACGGCGAAAUCUCCUUCUGCGGCGCCAUCGAAAUGGCAGGCGUCAUCACCAUCAAAUUCAGCGUCAUGAAGGGUGGCAUGAAGCAGCUCGACAUGAAGAGUCCCAUUUACAUCCCUGGUCCUGUGGAGCCGCAGUUUGGUCCUGGCAGGUAUAUCUACUUUGAGGGGUUUAGUGUGGAUGAGAAGGGCAAACAGCAUUAUCUUGAUGCUACGGUUGCGUAUCGUCAGACUUGCUUGAGGGUGAUUGAGUAUUUGAGACGUUUUGGCUACAGCGACUACCAGAUCUAUCUCCUGCUCUCGUGUGCCCCGAUUCAGGGUCAUAUAGCUGGUAUUGUCGAUAUCCCCAACGCCUGUACGACCAUCGGACUACCGAUGGACAUCUUCGACUUUGACAUUAGUCCCCAGCUUCCGGCGGAGAAGCGCGAUCUUGGGACGUGCGCGUUUGCUGGAAAGAAGUAG